GCAUGUUGCGAUCGCAUGUUGCGUGAAAUAGAUAAUAAUAUCUACUUACUGGGCACAGUGAUCAAUGGACUGCUGAUAUGUCUACUAUAUGGAAGCUCAAAGGCGAUUAUCGGAGUCGACGAAUGUCAGGCGACACGUGUGAUACACAUCCUUCAGUAUCCAGGUUGUGUUCCAAAACCAAUCCCUAGUUAUGCAUGCAGAGGACGUUGUAGCAGUUAUCUGCAGGUGUCCGGAUCCAAAAUGUGGCAAAUGGAGAGAAGCUGCAUGUGUUGUCAGGAAAGCGGCGAGAGAGAGGCUAGUGUGUCUCUGUUCUGUCCAAGAGCGAAACCAGGAGAAAAGAAGUUCAGAAAGGUGAUCACGAAGGCGCCGUUGGAAUGCAUGUGCAGACCGUGCACUAGCGUAGAAGAAUACGCGAUAGUUCCUCAGGAGAUCGCAGGAUUCGCCGAUGAAGGUCCUUUCGCCACGUCCGCACACUUCCGACGGUCCUCCGGCUUACAAUAAACUCUCUUUCGUUGAAACGUCACAAUAUGCAAGAAUCGCACAGUAAUGCGUAAGCUACAGAAAUAAUGAAAAUAAUCCGUAUUACGCGACGCGAUCAAGACGCUUUACGUUUCUACUUUUAAUUAUUCGCUACUAUAAAUAUUAAGAAAAAGAGUCCUCGAACAUACUGAAUUUCUCUCAUUCGUCGGUUGAAUAAAACAGCGCGAUCGAUUGUAUGUGGACAACGAAUUCGAAUGUAUCUAUGCGCAGGACAUGCAAAUAAAUCUCCUGAGUCCAAAAACCGAAAAAAAUUGCAUUUUUCGUUGUAUAACUUAAGUAGUUAAGUUCUGUUUUAACAUGUCUCGCACGUAUUUAAUUAAAUCCCAGAUAGCACAAAAUAUCAAAAUCACUCAGGAUGUUUUGAAAAGUGUCCUCAAACUUCAUAAAUACAUCCAGAACGACCUCAGGACAUCAUACAUUUUGUGUUAUCUGAGAUGUUAACAUUACAUUUUUUUUUCAACAAAACUAUGCGCUCUUGGAGGAAAAUAAUAUCAACAACGGUUUUUCAUGGAGUUCUUUUUUUAUUUUUAUAUAGAUAUGAUUUAUAUAUAUAUUUAUAUAUUUAUAUCAUAUAGAAGUGUAUGUGUUAUACCUAUGCGACGUAAAUCCGCGUCCUUAGAGCGAUAUUUUUUUUAUUUAUAUUAUGUAUAUGUAAAUCUAUGUAUACACACGCGUAAGUACACGCAGAUAUAUAAAUGUAUGUGCAACAAAUAUACGUGCGUGUUCGUACGCGGGGGAGAGAAGAAAUGUCGGCGUGCGUCACGUGUGACAACAGCACGACAUGUACGCGACAUCCACGGAGGACGGCGCAGCUUCGCUGCCGUCGUUCCCCGCGUAUAAUAUAUAUAUAUAUAUAUAUAUAUAUAUAAUCCCCGUUUGAAUUUUCCGUUUACAGUCUCGCGCGAUCAGUUAUUUACAAUGAUAACUUCUCUAGUCGUUAUCUCACUUAUCCACAAUAUUUUCAACAGUUUCCUUUUUUUUUCCACUUUGUUCAUAUAUAAAUUAGUUUUUUUGUUAUUUAACUAGUCUCUCGUGAAGUGCACCACUUACACAUGUAUACACACUCGCGCACAUUUCACUUUCUCUUUCUUACCGCGCUUACUAAUAGCCUUUUACUCUUCGUUUCUUCAUAUGUAUUGGCCGAUAUAAAUGAAAUAGAGAAAAAAUAGACCGAAGGAAAAGCUCUUUUGUUCUUCCUUCGCUUGUUCACUGGCGAAUCACCUCGUUUUGCUCUACGCCAUUCGCAUCGGGACUCUUCUGCAUUUCGCACCGCAAACUCUCAAGCCGAGAGAGUUAUGUCAGCGACAGAUCAGGCGGGAUCGCCGUGUAAAGGAAAAGAGAGAAGAAAUGAGAAAACGAAAGAUUUAUACAAAAAGAUUGAGGAAAGGAUAAUAGCAGGAAACAUUGCGAGUGGUGGUGAACAUUUAUAACUCGUCCGAGCUGAGAGAUUGUGAAACAUAUUGCAGAUCGUUAGUAUACUUCAAAUAAUAAUAAUAUAUUUAUAUAUACAAUAUCCACAGCUAUAUAUGUAUCUAAAUUUCGAGUAAUUUUUUGCAAGUCCGUAAUUAAUUUCGUUACAUGUGUGUCCUAUUCCAAAAAUUGUCGAUUCACGAUUCCAAAAAAUUUGGGAAAAAAUUAAAGCAAAGAAUCUCCUGGUAUGAAUUUUUUUUAUAAAGUACACCUAUGUCGAUACUUUCGAAAAAUGUUUGAAAUUUCCCAAAAAAAUAUUUAAGAUACCUUUACACAGGUACGACAAAUCGUGGGACGCUAAACAGCGAUGGGGUGCCGGAUAAAUAUAAAUGUUCUUUUUUAUCUCUCUUCUCUUUCACACAUACACAUCUGUACACACAUACUCAAAUCAAUCUAUGCUUGUCGUUUUGUUGUCUCUUUCUUCUAUGCGCGCGUGCGCGGGCACGCUUAAAACAAGGUUGAGUUCACGCUGUACCUUAAAUCA